AGCACGCGCGCUCCUUUUUACACAUUCCGCUCCCACGGACCGACCAAGAACACGAUCCGCUCCCCCAGAUCAUGUCCUCGGCUCCCGGGACUUCGCGCCGAAAAAGAAGUUCGCCCAGCUUGGACCUCAUGACCUUUCCAAGCUGUGCGCGCUGCUGCCCCGACCUGGUCUGAACCGCGCUGCCCAGGCAGACCUCGGCGCUGGCGGGCCUCCUCUGCGAGCUGCUGUUUUUUUCUUUCUCUCGCGCCCGCCGGCCUCUGAGACCUGGAAGAAGGGGGCGGCUUCCCGCAGCCCCCCGGAGCCGCCAGGAAGAUGGGGAGCAAGGCCCUGCCAGCGCCCAUCCCGCUGCACCCAUCGCUGCAGCUCACCAACUACUCCUUCCUGCAGGCAGUGAACACCUUCCCCGCCGCCGUGGACCACCUUCAGGGCCUGUACGGGCUCAGCGCCGUGCAGACGAUGCACAUGAACCACUGGACGCUGGGGUACCCCAACGUGCACGAGAUCACGCGCUCCACCAUCACGGAGAUGGCUGCGGCGCAGGGCCUCGUGGACGCUCGCUUCCCCUUCCCCGCGCUGCCCUUCACCACGCACCUGUUCCACCCCAAGCAGGGGGCCAUCGCCCACGUCCUCCCAGCGCUGCACAAGGACCGGCCCCGUUUUGACUUUGCCAACUUGGCGGUGGCCGCCACGCAGGAAGAUCCCCCUAAAAUGGGAGAGCUGAGCAAGCUGAGCCCCGGGCUGGGCAGCCCCCUCUCGGGCCUCAGUAAACUGACUCCGGACAGAAAGCCCUCCCGGGGGAGACUGCCCUCCAAAACGAAAAAGGAGUUUAUCUGCAAGUUUUGCGGCAGACACUUUACCAAAUCCUACAAUUUGCUCAUUCACGAGAGAACCCACACGGACGAGAGGCCAUACACGUGUGACAUCUGCCACAAGGCAUUUCGGAGGCAAGAUCACCUGCGGGAUCACAGGUAUAUCCAUUCCAAAGAAAAGCCCUUCAAAUGUCAGGAGUGCGGGAAAGGAUUCUGUCAGUCUAGAACUCUAGCAGUUCACAAAACUUUACAUAUGCAGGAAUCUCCACACAAAUGCCCCACAUGUGGAAGAACCUUUAAUCAGAGAAGUAAUCUGAAAACUCACCUUCUCACCCAUACAGACAUCAAGCCCUACAGCUGCCAGCAGUGUGGCAAAGUGUUCAGGCGAAACUGUGAUCUGCGGCGGCACAGCCUGACUCACACCCCGCGGCAGAACUUCUAGCGAAGCCCAGGAUCUGCCCUGUCCACGCCUCCCACCCGAGGGGCCCACCCCCACCCCCACUGACCCCAGCUCUUCCCAGGCUGCAGCCGCACCUGCAGCUGCGGAGAGUUAACUGUUCUUCCGGAGGACUGAGAACUCUUAGAAAGACACACACUCCCCCCUUCGCAACCAGCAUGUACUAGAUCCGUGUAGAUAUUCACGGCUCAUUUUAGAGCUCUGUACAUAGUGUCGUGGGUCUUCGUCCCGUCAUGUUGUUUUGUUUUUGUAUCUUGUUGGAUGCACCCAGACGUGGAAAUUGGAAACCAAAUUUAUCUUUAAAGACUGUAUUUUCAAAAUAAAACUUUUCUUGUUUCAACGCUU